UGSGUACUUGACGUGGUAAAUCUAUAAGCAACAUGGUCAAAAACUCGUACGUCAAGAUAUCACAAGAAGAGUCAGAUUCAACRACACCCAAAGCGGUGAAUAUCUUCUCCCACAUAACCUUCAGUUGGUUGUCCAAACUUCUUAAAACCGCCAGUCAAAGACCWCUAAAGGAAAAUGAUCUACCUUAUGCUGCAGGUCAGACUUCUACCAGAAAGUGUUUACAAAUCUAUAGAAAACAAUGGAAAGAACAGCUGAGGACGAACAACCCAAAAUUAUGGAAAGUCUUGGCUCAGUCAUUAGAUAAAUGUCACGUCUACAGUAUUUUGGUGAUUUUCUUUGUUUUUACCUUUUGUCGCAUCCUACAGCCAGUAUUUUUGAAUUUAAUUCUUAAAGAACUGAUGCAAAUUGAAAAUGWGACAAAACUUGGAAGCCCUCAUGCAAGCAGUCAAGCAUUUCGCGUGGGUCCUACAUCAACAACGAAGAGUAGUAUCUCAGWKACUAAUAAUAUCAAUCAAAUAUCUUGGCAAACAGUUCUGUAUGUGAUCAGUUUGUCAAUAGUUUGUGUGAUUCAAUCCUUUAUGCAAGCAAAUUUGUAUUAUCUUGGAGCUAUCACCGCUUCUCACGUUAAGUCUGGCUUGAUUGGAUUGGUGUAUGAAAAGAUYAUUUCCAGCAAACGUUAUCAUCUCGACAACUUCACUUCUGGUCACAUGCUGAGUCUAAUAUCAAAGGAUUUAGAAGGAUUAGAAUACGUUUUUAUGUUCAGUCCAAUCUUCAUUCAAGCACCACUUGAGCUGUUGGUGGUUGCGUUGCUUCUUUGGCAUCUGGUUGGAAUUGAGACUGCCGUAUGCAUCGGAUACUUGUCUAUCAUCCUUAUGUGCAACUUUGCAAUUGGUAGGAUAUUACAGCAGAUUCGUGUCAAGCUGAUAACGACAACGGAUUUUCGUUUGAAGUUUUUAUGUGACGUCGUCUCAGGAAUACAAGUCAUCAAGAUGAAUGUGUGGGAGACAUUAAUGGAGCGAGUAAUUGGACAAGCAAGAAGGCAAGAAAUCAAGGAACUCUUCAGAAAUAAUGUCUUUAGAGGUUUGUUUUAUACGUUGAACUUAACCUUCGUGAACAACGCUUCAUUUCUAGCCAUCACUGCUUUCUUGUAUACGGGUCACGUGAUCGAUGUAAGAAAUGUCUUCACGCUAUUGACUUUCAUGUUUAUUUUCCCUCCACGUUUAUACUGGUUUUCGCAUGAAAUAGAAUAUGUGAGCAACCUUAAAGUGGGAAUACAAAGAAUUCAAGAUCUUUUAUUGAACGACGAGCUUAAAAAUGAGGAUGGACAGCUUAACGAUGAUCAGCUCAAGGAACAUAUCAUGACUACUUCAGAUAGUCAUGACUACGAGCCAUUACCGAUUACGAACCUAGAUUUUCCUCCUCUCAAGAUUAUCCCUGGACUACAUUUAUCCAAAGUUAUCAGCAAAGUUCCUCAUCAUUCAUUCAACAGCAGCGUCACCGAUAAAUGGCUCUUGAACGAAAUAGACUUACGAACCAAUGGAUCCAAACUUAUAGCAGUUAUCGGUAAGAUCGGCUGUGGCAAAUCGUCGUUACUUAACAUUAUUCUAGGGGAACUUCCACUUUCGCGAGGACAAGUCCUCAUCAAAGGUAACACGGCUGUCGUCCCUCAAAUAGCUUGGGUGUUUUCUGGUACCAUACGAGACAAUAUUCUCUUUGGAAGCACUUUUGACAAAAAUAGGUACGAUGAUGUUGUCAAAUCAUGCGCACUCGAAACCGACUUUAAGAUAUUGCCACAUGGUGAUUUGACAUACGUUGGGGAAAGAGGCGGUAGACUCAGUGGUGGUCAGCGGGCAAGAAUCAAUUUAGCACGUGCAGUAUAUCAAGAUGCAGACAUUUAUCUACUCGACGAUCCACUCAGUGCCGUUGAUUCUAAUGUCGGUCGUCAUGUGUUUAAUGAGUGUAUCAUGGGAUUAUUGUCUAAUCGACUCCGAGUACUUGUCACACAUCACUUGCACUAUCUGAAAGAUGUGGAUGAAAUUGUGAUCAUGGAGAACGGGACGAUUGUUAAACACGGGACCUUUGAUGAGAUAGACCUGGCUCAUGAAAGUCUUGUGAAAAUAAUAAGUACGAAAGAAAAUGGGAAAUAUGAAGCUGUGCUGGAGAAGGAAACUGAAAAGGCGGACCAUCGAAUGAAAGAUGAAGAUGAAGAUAAUAAUAGAAUGGAAGAAGAGGAGAAAGGCGUGGGAAAAGUCUCUURCAAAACGUACUGGAAGUACAUGCGGUCUGGAAGCAGCAUUCCUGGCCUAAUCAUUUUAUUUUUACUGGGAUUGUUUAGCCAGUGCUCAUCAAAUGGCGCUUACUUUUGGCUUUUACACUGGAUCAAACUUUCUCCCAAACAGCAACAGAGUUUAACCAACCUUUACAUUUAUUCARCAAUAGCCUUCUGCUCUUUUUCCAUUUCCAUUUUGUCCACAAUUGGUGUACUUACUCUGUGCCUGAAUGCUUCCAAAGAGUUGCACAAGCAAAUGGUAUCCACCAUAUUAAGAUGUCCCAUAAGGUUUUUCGAUAUCAAUCCACCAGGUAGAAUCCUCAGCCGUUUUUCACAAGAUACGUUUGUGAUGGAUGAUACCCUAGUGGAGUUGUCUCUCCGGGAAUUCAUGAUGCUUUUUAUAUGCACUUUUGAUUUUGGAAUCAUGUGUGCCACCAAUGCAGUAUUGGUUGUGCCUACUUUACUUGUGAUAUGUUUUGUAAUAUUUGAGGCAAGGUAUUACUUACAAGCGUCAAGAGAGGCUCAAAGAUUGAUGGCCAUAUGUGGAAGUCCUGUUUAUGAACACUUCGUGCAGACCAUUGAAGGAGCACAUAUUAUCAGAGCAUUUGAUCGAAAAGACCUACAAACUAACAAAAUGCAAAGGUAUCAAGAUAACAUGAAUAAGGCAAUGCUAGUGGUAUUUGGUCUCAAAUCGUGGAUAGUUUUAAGAGUAGAUUUGAUGUUAGCAUUGUGCGUGAUCUGCGUUACAGUUGUCUCUCUGUUGACCAGUCAGGAUAGCACGUCAGUGGGUUUUCURAUUUUCUAUGCGAUAAAACUGGCCUCUACGUGGAAUAUUGCCUUUACUAUAGGAAGCUUGGAGAAUUCUAUGACAUCAGUAGAGAGAGUGAUACAAUACGCUGACCUUGAAAGGAAUCCUGGCUAUGCAGUGAAGACUCGACCACCACAACAAUGGCCUACAAAUGGGUCUCUGUCUUUCAAUGAUGUCACGCUGACAUACUAUCCUGGAGCACCGCAGGCACUCAAGGGCAUCAACUUGAACAUCCAAUGUGGAGAGAAGAUUGGAAUAGUGGGACGAACGGGUGCUGGAAAAUCUUCUAUCAUAUCAGCUCUUUUUCGACUUCCUCAAGUGCAUUCWGGGUCCAUUGUCAUUGAUCAGGUGGUCAUUGAAGAUCUUAACGUUCAAGACAGUCGCAGUACUAUUGGUUGUAUUCCACAARACCCAUUUCUAUUCAUAGGAAGUCUUCGAUUUAAUCUGGAUCCUACUGAMAACUGCCCAACCAGUCAGCUGUGGUCGGUGUUAGACCAAGUUCAACUAAAAUCAUUCGUAGAGUCCAUCCCCGAGGGUCUUGAAUACAUGGUCAAGGAAGGAGGGYCCAACUUCAGCGUGGGCCAAAGACARCUMWUAUGCCUUGCACGAGCUCUCUUGCAGAAGAAAAAGAUAAUAGUACUAGACGAAGCUACUGCCAACGUAGACUUUGUCACAGACAAACUCAUUCAAGACACCAUCAAAUACCAACUACGAGAACAAACUGUUCUGGCCAUAGCACAUCGUCUGGACACUGUUCUUGAUUAUGACAGAGUUGUUGUUAUCGAGAAAGGGAAAGUUGUAGAAACUGGUCAGCCAAGAGUUCUGAUGAUACAAGAGAACAGCAU